AUGAAGUUUCAAAACGUUGUCGUCUUAUUCACUGCUGCUGUCUCGGCCACAGCGCCGCCGACAUGCAAGGGUUCCGCUCCUUCGUACUGCAAGUACACUUCAAAUCGCGACGCAAAUGAAUGUCAGCGACUAUUUGCCAAGAGCUAUAUCAACGUCGCAACAUGCCAGCUUCCAGCAAAUACCGUGACCUCAACUCGUACCAAAUGCGCGACCAGCGUUACCACCAAGACUGUGGCACCACCACCAAGAACUACCAAAGUUUACAAGACCAUAACCAAGACUGGCAAGCCUACCACUCUGCCGACUAUCACAGUUACCGCGACGUCAACCAAGAUCGACACAACUGUUUUGACUGAUAGUACCACAACCGUUGAUUUACGCACAACUACCGAGUUUGAAACCAAUCGUAUCACAAGUAUCAGAAUUAUUACUUCCAUCUCAACCUCCACUACUACCGUUCCGUUUGUCGACCAACAUGUUUGUACUCUCCAAAAGCGAGCACGUGCUCUUGGGAAGUCAUUGCCAACUUCAUGCUCUUGCUUCCUUACCACCACUAAGCCUGCAGCCACCAAGACUGCCUUUGUUACCAAGAACAAGCCUACUGUUACCCACACGGUAUACAAGUUUGGCGGACCCCGAAAGGUCAUCUCUCGAACUAUCACUAUUUUCCGUUAUGUGGCUGGCCCAACUGUAUCGGCUCCUGAGACCACCACGACCAGCACGGCCACUGUCACCCAAACCGACCGUACUCUCACCACCGUCACAGAUUCUCAGACAACAACUGCUACGGAGGUUGAGAACGUGACUGAAAUUGUUGUUCAAACUAAAACUGUGACCGCCAUUGCUACGGCUACCAAAAACCCUUGCGACGAUGCCGGAAGUUGGAGUCCUAUGAAACAGGCAAUUACAGGCUCCAACAUACAAGUCACCAUUUCUAAAGACGCGUCCGGACCUGAUGCUGUAAAGUCCUGUUGCCAGUCUUGCUAUGCAAGACCUAAUUGUGUACUUUUCAGAAUUGGUGGCGGCACUUGCCAGGUCUUUAGCAGUAUGCCUAGCUUCAGUAGUGCCUGCUCCUCGCCUCUCUGCCCACGAGGCUUCCCUGAUCUGAGCAUUGAGGGGCCAGAUGGGAAAGAUUACUACCUGGGGCCUUGUUUUGGAACGGCCGUCUCCUAG